GCUGUCGCUUUUGACAGGUACACUAAUACAAGCUGAGCUGCAUCAAACGAAAAGAUUGCUGCUACUCGCGACUCAAUUCUACGCAAUGCGAAAUUAUUAAUUGGUUGUUCUAUUGAAUAAAACCUUUGACCAUCCUUCUUCAAGGGGGCUGAAUGCGCUUAGCUUUACGGUGGACGUAAGUUGCUUGUAGCAGGCCAAAAUGGGGGGUGUGAUCGAUAUUUUGUUAUCACUUUCAAUUCCGACUCUGGUCAUCAUACACAUGGUUGUCGCCCCUUACACAAAGGUUGAAGAGUCUUUCAAUAUCCAGGCGACUCAUGACAUCUUAGCAUACGGCACGCCGACGAAGAACGUGUAUCAGCAUUUAUCCUCUCACUAUGACCAUUUCGACUUCCCCGGCGCUGUGCCGAGGACAUUCUUAGGGCCCGUCUUUCUGGCUGGGAUGAGCCAGCCUUUGAUCUCUUUAGUUGGCUUCCAUCAUGCGCAACUCGUCGUGAGAGCCCUCCUAGGCUUGAUCAACUCAGCGGCCCUGUUAACCUUCAAGCAUAAUCUCGGGAGGGCCUUUGGAAGGUCCACUGCAAGAUGGUAUACUGUGCUACAAGCUUGUCAGUUUCAUAUACUGUUUUACGCCUCGAGGCCACUUCCUAACAUGUUCGCGUUUCCUUUGACAACCCUGGCAUUUUCCUAUCUCAUUCCACAUCCUGAUCCAAGAAAACAAGGCGUUCGCUACAAAGUAGCCAUUGCGCUCUUAACCCUGGCCACCGCCAUCUUCAGGUCCGAGUUAGCGAUCCUCAUGGUAACUGUCACGGUAUACGGCCUAAUCUCGCCGCCACGCAUCUCCCUUCCCCAAAUCACCGCGCCAUUUCUAGGCUUCUUCGCAGUUGCGCUGCUCGUAUCAGUCCCGAUAGACUCGUACUUCUGGCAAAAGCCACUAUGGCCGGAGCUCUGGGGCUUCUACUACAACGCCGUGCUGGGCUCUUCGUCAGAAUGGGGUGUCUCGCCUUUACACUACUACUUCACCUCGGCGCUGCCCAAGAUUUUGACAAGCUCGCUGGUAUUACUCCCCUUUGCGCUGUGGAAUCCAGGGACGGCGAAACAAGCGCGCGCUCUGGCCGUGCCGAGCUUGCUCUUCGUCGCCAUAUACUCCAUCCAGCCGCACAAGGAGGCGCGCUUCAUCUUCUACGUCGCGCCACCGCUCACAGCUGCUGCGGCCCUAGGCGCGGGUUACGUGUUCUCCCGACGCACAAAGUCACCCUUUUUUGCCACCGUCUCUCUAGCGAUCCUCGGGUCAGUCCUGGUAUCGUUUGCGAUCAGCACGGUGAUGCUCGGAAUCUCCUCGCUGAAUUACCCCGGCGGCGAGGCCCUCGCGGCGUUCAAGGACCUAGUUGCGUCUACUAAGGACCUAGAUAUACAGACCGCUGCCGUGCACACGGAUGUUUUGUCUUGUAUGACGGGCGUGACGCUCUUCGGGCAGCAUUCUAACUGGCCCCUUGUGGACAAUACUUAUAAAGACAAUACUAUAUCCUUCACAUUCGAUAAGACAGAAGACGAAAUGACGCUUCGAAACCCGGUGUUCUGGGAGAAAUUCGACUACGUCCUCGCUGAAGACCCUGCGAAACCCCUCGGGCCGUGGGAGGUCAUUGGCGUCGUGGAAGGGUUUGCUGGAAUUGAGAUACUUAAACCGGGAUCUUUUGCUACUGGGAAUGCUGAUGUAGAGAGUGCGGGUGAUAGAGUUCUUGGUAGGGGAACACUUGUGAAGAGGGUCAGAGAUAUGGUCAGGAAGACGACGGGCGGCUGGUGGAUUGGUCCGCGCAUGGAGCCGAGGAUACAUAUUCUGCGCAAGGUGAGAGGGGGAGAGGCGAGAAAGGCCGUCACGUCUUGAAUUUCAGGCGUACCGGAUUUCGCUUGCGCUGCGGGGUGCGAGUUUGUUUGCUAUGUAAUUUAUGUAUGAAAACGCUGAAUUUCUUCCAUGAGCAUUGCGUAUCCGCGGGAUGCUGCGUUGCGUGCGCCAUGCUUUCCCGCCGAGAUGAGCUAACCAAAUGACAGUUCGCUUUAACUACCCAUUCUCGCGAACAAGUAGUCACGAACAUCUUGAACAGCUAUGCCACUUCUCGACGUAGUGGAUGGCUUCCCCUCUAGUUAUUCAUCUACUAUCAACUUUGCCAUGGUUUGAUUAUUACAUUGACAACGCGUUCUAUAUAAAUGCAGACCCAAUGAUAGACAAAACAUACAAAAAUGCGUGUUUUACCAGCCAAGGGCAAAGAGAUACCGGUAUGUCAUAUGUAUGGACUGCUGGAUCUUGUUGCUCAUUUUUAUCCCUCCACGAAGGGGUUUAUCCCGUGGUAGGCGGUGCAAGUUGGAGCCACCCCAUCUGUUUCUAUUCAUUGUCUAGCUUACUUAGGAUAUAGAAU